AGAGCUGGGUGGAGAGAAAAAACGUCUGAUCUGCAACCUUUCCCUUCUCUUAGGACAACAUGUAUAACAGUUAAACAAGAAAAGCAAUGGGAAUAUAACGUGGAACUUGUACUUAUUGUUUCUUCAGUGACCUAGCGUCUGUGUUUACUGUAGAUGAAAUGAAACGCUGCUGGAUUAAUCAUGAAAAGCUGAGGAAACGCAGAUGCCCUGCUGUAAAAUGCCACGCAGGCAAAGACUGACAGGCAGCAGGAUCUGAGGUUUCCCCUGGAUCACUAGUCAGACGUGUUCCAGGGAGAAGGGACUGUACACACUGCCGGCUCUCACUAAGGUAAGAGGGCCGGGGGCAAGCACAAUAAAGAAGACAAACAAACUUUUAAAGAUGAACAAGAUCCGGAAGCUUUUCCGAGGUAGUGGAAGAGCUCUCGCGUUUAUAUUUGUUGCCUCUGUCAUUUGGUUGAUCUUUGACAUGGCAGCUCUCAAGCUUUCAUUCAGCGAGAUCAACACCAAGGUUUUGAAAGAUGAGAUGAUCAGGAGGGAACGGGAAAGGUUCAAAGUUUGGCAAAACCUAGAGAAGAGCCCUGAAAGCUCUAGAAGGGAACCAAAACUUCCCCUAAGAGGCUUUGAAAAGGGGAGAUUUGGAAAUAAGAAAUAUAAAAAUAUAGAAGAGAAAGUGGUAGAGGUUGAAAAUGAAAUAGACAAACAACAGAAUGAAAAGAUAACACUAAAACCAACAGAAAAGAAAAGCACAGCCUCCAAAACAGCCUAUAAGAAAAUGAUUGUGCCACUUGGGACAUUUUCAGUGAAACUGCUGAGCCACCAGCCCUCUGUUCCCAUGGAAAAGAAAGAGAGAAAAAAGAAUGUAAAGACUGUAAACUCAACAGACCUGCUGAGAACAAAGCAAACUGUUCCCAAGGGGCUUCAGCAGACCCCAUUAGUUGCAGCACCAGGGAGAUCAGUUGUCAAAUUAACACACAGCACAGCUACUAUACAAAACAAAGUUGCACAGAAAGGGAGCAACCCUGUGACUAAAGCAUCAAAGGGAAUUGAGGGCAAUUUAAAAAUUGGGAUUACAGAUAAAAUCCCCUUGGCUGGAUUAAAACAGAAAUUGCAAACAAAGGGAAACCCCAAGGAACCUCAGAAGAACCCCCCAGUACCAGAUUUGCCAAUUCCUGGGCAAAUCAACCCUGUAAAGCAAAAAAGUACUGUGGGGAAAGCAAUAGAUGGCAUUGAACACAAAGCAAGCAAGAGUUUGGACAUACCUGGCAGCAAGCUGGCUGCUGUGACCAGAGUGGAGAAAACAGGAUUGCCUACAAAUACAACAGGACUGGGAAAGCUGCCAAAGGAAGAUGAAACAAAAGCUGCUCAUGAAAAGAAAUUAAUUUUCCCUGAAAAUCAGUUUGUCAUUAUUAGUAAAAAGGGGAUAAAAAUCAACAUCCCAGCAACCCAAAAUCUUGUAGCUGAUUCCAAAGGAAAUUUUACAAUGAGAUUGGAAAGGAGCAAAGAACAGCAAUUCAUUAGCAACAAAAGUGAGGAUGCCCUUAAGGUGAACUCUGUAACCAAGACUGCCAGUCUUAAUGGUUUAACUAAGAAAGUAAUUUUGACUGAAGGUCCAGAGCUAACAAAAGUUCACAGUGUCAGGUUAGCUGCUAAGGAGCAAUUAAGGAAAAUAAAUCAAAGCACCUAUACAGUCCAUUUUACAAGGAACACUGGAAUGCAUAAAGUCUUAACACUUGAUGCAACACUUUCCCCAAGAGAUCCCAAAGCUCCGGGUCAGUUUGGCCACCCAGCUGCAGUUCCUGAUGAUAAGCAAGAAGAGGCAAAAAGCAGAUGGAAGGAAGGAAACUUCAAUGUCUAUCUGAGUGAUUUGAUUCCUGUAGACCGAGCCAUUGAUGACACAAGGCCUGCUGGAUGUUCAGAACAACUGGUUCACAAUGACCUUCCAACUACCACGAUCAUCAUGUGUUUUGUGGAUGAAGUGUGGUCCACUCUCCUACGCUCCGUUCACAGUGUUCUCAAUCGAUCUCCUCUUCACCUGAUUAAAGAGAUUAUUCUGGUGGAUGAUUUCAGCACAAAAGAAUACCUCAAGGAUAACUUGGACAGAUAUAUGUCAAGGUUUCCAAAAGUACAUAUCCUUCACCUCAAAGAAAGACAUGGCUUAAUACGAGCUAGAUUGGCAGGGGCCGAGAUUGCUAAAGGUGAUGUACUGACGUUCUUAGAUUCCCAUGUGGAAUGUAAUGUAGGAUGGUUGGAACCACUUCUGGAAAGAGUCCGUUUAAACAGAAAGAAAGUAGCAUGCCCAGUUAUUGAAGUAGUCAGUGACAAGGACAUGAGUUACAUGACGGUGGAUAACUUUCAACGUGGGAUUUUUACCUGGCCAAUGAAUUUUGGAUGGAGACAGAUUCCUCCAGAGGUCAUUGAGAAAAAUAAAAUCAAGGAAACAGAUAUAAUAAGGUGUCCUGUAAUGGCAGGUGGAUUAUUUUCAAUUGAUAAGAAGUAUUUUUUUGAACUUGGAACAUAUGAUCCUGGCUUGGAUGUUUGGGGAGGUGAAAAUAUGGAGAUUUCGUUUAAGGUCUGGAUGUGUGGAGGAGAAAUUGAGAUCAUCCCAUGCUCCAGAGUUGGACAUAUUUUCAGGAAUGACAACCCAUACUCCUUCCCUAAAGACCGGAUAAAAACAGUGGAGAGGAAUUUGGCACGUGUUGCAGAAGUCUGGUUAGAUGAAUACAAAGAAUUGUUCUAUGGACAUGGUUACCAUUUAAUCCAGAAAAAUCUGGAUGUUGGAGACUUGACUCAACAAAUAGAACUGCGGAAGAAGCUUAAGUGCAAAAACUUUAAGUGGUAUCUGGAGAACAUCUACCCCGACCUGGAAGCUCCUCUUGUUAAGGCUGGUGGGCUGAUCGUUAACAUAGCCAUGGCGAGAUGCAUUACUGUGGAAAACUCCACUCUGGCCUUUGAGACAUGUAACAUGAGCAACACGAACCAGAAGUUCAACUACACUUGGCUGAGACUAAUAAAGCAUGGGGACUUCUGCGUAGCGCCUGUCGAUGCAAAGGGAACACUGGGCCUGUACCCUUGCGAUAACAGAAACAAUAGCCUGAAAUGGUUGCAUAAAUCACUGGUGGCCUUUCAACCAGAACUUAUGGAUCACUUGGUUUUAGAACACCUUCAGCCGCCAACAUGUCUGGAAGUGGAUCAGUCUCACAAAACCCUGAGGGUUAAUGCCUGUGAUGCCUCAAAUCCUUAUCAGAAAUGGCAGUUUGGAAAUUAUUAUGCUGACUGAAGAGAACAUGAUCAAAACAGAAACAGAUAAUUCUAAUCUUGUGAAUUCAAGAAUGACAUCUGUGAGACUUGUGACAGCAAUUACAAAAUUGGAGGUUCAUUUUCUAAUGGUAAUUGAAAUCCAUCAUUUUAAAUUACCAUAUUGAGAGAUCAAAAUAUCAAACAACAGCACAUCUGUUUGAUAAAGUGUAAAACUCUCAGAUAUGUUUUCCAAUCACUGUGGAGCACUUAGGGAAGGUUGAAUGAAAGUUUUUUCAGUACAUGGAAAUACUUUCUAAAGUUUCUUAGUCCCACCUUAAGAAGACCUUUACUAACAGGCUUCAGGCAAAUUAAUGCAUGCUACCAGAAAUAAUUCCAGGGUUCCACCCCUGUGAGUUCAUGUAGCAUCUUGUGCUGCUGUUUGGAUGAUUCACAUUUGGUCAUUUAUUCCUCCAUAAGCCAACAAAAUGAGAGUAUCCCAGAUCUGGUACCUAAAACUCCUUCCAGUAUCACAGGAACUUGCUCCCACCAAAUUGGAUAUACGGAUUCUGACAGGUAUGUGCCUGAAGCCACAUUUGAUGCUUCAUUUCCCAUGACAAAAGCCCAUCUUUAAUCACAACAAAUAAAUCUUUAGGAACUUGUCAAGUGGCAACAGGCAAGGCCCUGUAAAUGGUAUAUUUGCACACAGGGACCUUGAAUUUGCUACCUUGGUUUGACCUCCUGGUUUCUGAAUGGGCCAGGAGUGAUUAGGCUGCAAAGGAAUGUUCAGUGGGUAAGUGGGAUGAGCCUCAUCUAGCUUUAUAGCUAACCCUCUGGGCCAACCCAAGAACAGGAUGAAUGCAGUAGACUCAAAAGAGCUUCUCCAUUCAGUUCUUUUCAGCCAGAAAGAAGUGCCUCAGCCCAGCAUAGAGCCAUAAAAAGAGAAAAUAAACCAAAGGAUGUGGAAACAAUGAAGUGAUGAGAUGAAGAUCCUCAGAAGGGGCCUGUUUUACCUGAAAAAAAACUGGCAUGCAGGGACUUGCUUCUCACUAUGAGUGAAUGCAAGAUGACAGCCACAUACUGCUGGCCAUGAAUUCAUGGCUCCCACCUUACAGGUUCCUGGGUAGACCACCUUUUAUGUAAUAGUACUGUACAUGCAUUCAAUGCAAAGCAAACAAGAAAAACUUAAAUUAUGUUAAACUUUGAAAAAGGGGGAUAAAAGCUGAGAAACUCUAAGUCUACAUUAAUUGUCAGUUCCUUUCUCGUACCACUAUGGGGGGAGGGGAGAGGAAAUGGAAUCUUCAUUUUUCAUAGAAUAGAAAAUGCUCUGUAAUAAAAGCCAUCAAUGUAUUUGUACCAAAUUAUCUCAUUCUGUUCUCCCAGAUGAAUGAGAAUGUAGACAGUUGUUAAAAGGAUGUAAUAGGAGAUUAGGCGUUGAUGAAUAUUCCUGUCUGUUGAGUGCAAACAUCCAUAUAUUUUUAAAAUCCAUUUAAUUGACUGAGCUGUAGCUAGCCUGUGAUGCAGACACAUGGACAGGGCAAGUCCCGUGCUUUGCUGAAGGAGCUGUGCAUUGUCGGUGACAGCUCUGUGCCAGGUAAAAGCCCAGGAAGAGGAUGUUUCAGGGUGGGUAGAAUGCAGCAUGUGCACUAGAUGACUACAGAGGUGUAAUGUCUCCUAAAUGACUUUGCCCAUUUGAAGGUCCAGCAUUGCAGAUGGCAUAAUAGCUGGUGCUAUCUCCUUCUGAUCCCCUAAGUACUAACUAGUUCCUACCUUGCUGCUAGUAGGGAGAAGGGAUGGAAGUGGCUCCCUACAUCUGCUUGUGCCCUAGCGCAGUCAUACAGUGGUGGGCAGGAGCUAGUCUUGGCACUGUAUGGAUUAAUGGCACAUUGAUGGACAAAGAAGUUGUAUUAAGAAUUGGCUAAACCACGCACAAACCUUUAGAUAUUGCAGGAUUGGUGUGCUAAAAAAGCACCCUGAGCAAGGCUCUGGAGCCCCUCUCAUAGCCCUCCCAUCCCAUCCAACGCCUCCCUACUGGACCUAUCUGCCUGGCCUAUGCUAUCCUACCCAGAGUCCUUCAACUCCCCUCUUACCUUGUAGUGAUGACUCAUUGCCUUCUUCAGAUAACCACUGGCUAUGCUGACCAGUUCAGUAGGAAUGACAGGGUCUUGAGCAGAUACCUCGCUAAUACUAGUAGCAGUGAUAGCCCCAGUACUCCUCUUAUGCCCUGGGUAGGAGGGUAAUGCAGGAGCCAGUUCUGCUAGCUUUAUUGCAACAGAGUUCCUUCCACCAGGGGAAUUCUUUCCUGGGUGUUUGCAGCCAGAAUCUAGUCCAUACCAUUAAAAAGCCCACUAAAGUAAAAAAGCAUCAUGCUUGAAAAAAAGACUGCAGAAUUUAGUGCUCCCUGUUCUUGAUAAAAAGCUUAUUCAUGUACCUUACAAAGAAGAUAAGAUUUUGGAGUGCAGGGAAAAUGAGAACUCACCUUUAUUCUUACAGCUAUACUCUCAAUUGACAAAACUUAACAACUGAAUGUCCCUAUGAAUUAAUCCUCAUGCACAUUUUUCAUACUGUGAAACUUUAAAAAAGAUCUUUUAUGUCCAUAGUAUGUGAAGGGAGAAAUUAUACUGAAACAACUGUCAUCAGUUAGUGAAACAACAUUUAGUUACAACUGAUAGGGUCAAAUUCAGCUGUGACACGAUAUCUGCAUCCAAGGUAUCAUAAUCUUUUGCACAUGAGACUUUCUUUGACCUUUUUAUUAUACCUUUUCAUGUUUUUGUUAUAGUAAACUGGAGACUCAUAAGUGUGAAUGGUCCAUAAAAGAAAUGUAGUUCUUAUGUUCCUUGGCCAUUGCCUUGUACAUCAAAAAAUUGGCUUAGUCAAAUAUGAGCAUGUUGACUUAUUUCUCUACAUACAUAGGACUGGACUUUCAACUCAGUUUGUAUAUUGUUGUUGUUGUUCAUGACAGCCAAACUUUCGCCAUUUCUAACAUUUACAGACGGUUACAAAAUAACUGAUCUUUGCUCUUUACAUUUUCAAAAAGAUCUCUGUAUAAUUUUACCUUUCACAUCAAGUAUUUGACAGACUGAUCCUGCCAAAAUAUUGAUUUGCUUAACAGACUUGCACAGUUGGCUUGUAUCCUAACUGUCUUCCUGAUUUUUCUCCUCUAUCGUAAUAUGACUAGCCUGAAGUCGCUAUCAGAACAAUUACACAGAUGUUGUUUGGGCAGUCAUGUUUUAUCAGGAGCAUGAAUUUCAUUAAAUCUUGCUUGCUGACAUUCAAUCAUUUGUCAUUUAACAGGCACCAAAUGGGCAUGUGUCAUGGUCACAUCACAUUUCUAGUCUUGUCAUUUGUGCUGUUAUUUCUGAUUUGUGUAAAUGUUCACUUCAGUGUUGGUAUCUCUUAUUCAACAUCUCUAGCAUGUCCCUAGGGAUUACUGGUAAUAAUACUGUUGCUGUUACACAACAUAAAAAAAACCACUCAGAUUAUACCAAUCAGCCUUGUCUGAGAGCAUUUUUCUGGCAUACACAGUAAAUAUUCAAAGAGGAAGCCUGCAUAUGUUUUUCUAGGUUUCAGGGAACAACUCACAGUUGCAUUUGUCCAAGAGGACCUCCUAGAGUCCAGUGAAGAAUACCUGCUCACCCAUUGACAUACCCAUGCAAAAAACCAGAUUACUAUUACCAAAUCCAGGAUCCUUAUUUCACAUAUGUAAAUGAAAAUCACUUCAAAUUAGAAAAAUGAGAGGUCAUUUACUAGAAUGGGCCUUACUCCCUUCAGCAAUUCUUCUACAACUGUGCAUAUGUUACCAGCUCUUCUGUAGCCAUGAGUGGCUUUGACUUGCUUGGCUAGGAUACAGAAAGAUGAUGAUCAUGGUCAGCUUUUCAAAAACAAAGAACAAUUUUAACACUUUGCAGGGAUGUCAUUUACAGCCUAUGUUCCAAACACUGCCCUCUCAUAAAUGGUGUCUUUGAAUCAUAGAAGUGAGAAAUGCAUAGGACUUCUUAACUCACAUACCAUCCCCCAUGCCAAUGUGGGAUUAUCAUCUGUUAUAGUAUAUUAUAUGAUAGAGCACACAUGCGAGCACACAUAUUCUGUUCCAUUCUAUAGUCGGAAAGGCUUGUGCAAUUAAGGGUACAAAAUAGCAUCUCUCCAUUCCUAUGAGAAUGAUUUUAAAAGGUAUAACAGUGAAAUGCAUAGCAAUCUUUUCCAGAGAUUUUUUGGCCAAAGAUAGCAAAAAAUAGAAUAAUUCUAAUAUAACAGCAAUAUUUACCUCUAAAGAUAUCACCUAACUUUUCUAAAGAAUCAUUAAAGAUGCUACACUUGGAACCUGGGAACAGAGCUUUGGGGACCAAGAAUUGGGCCCUCGGGAGGGUAGGUGUUGGUUGUUGGCAAACUUGGAGAAUCCUUUAUCCUGUGUUGUUAGUCCAGAAAGCAGGGGCAACUUACUUCAGCAACGGGCCACUCCAGUAGUCAGGGAACCCCAGAUCACAUUACUGCUCAUCAUGCCUCCUUUACCCCCACCUCCCCACCCCACCAAGAGUCCUAGACAGGAACCCCCAGCAAUGUUCCCUCUAAUCUUUUCCACACGUGCAAAUUUUUUUCCGUCCAUGUGCAGAAUAAAUGGUUUUAUGUGUACAAUGGUAUGUGAACCAUCACUAGAAACAAAAUACUUAGCUGUUUGGCACUUUGCUAAUCAGCUGGGCAGCAUCUGAAUCACUCCUCAGCUGCCCCACAAGCGCUCAGCUUAUAGGAAACGUGGAUCCUCACUUAAGGUAUGUCUACACUGCAAUCUGAGAUAUGAUUGCAGCACAUUUAGGCAUACCCAAACUGGCUUUAAUCGUGCCAAUUCACUAAAUAUGGAACUGAAGCCGUGGCAACACAAGUGGCAAUGGCACGGAAGAGGGAUCCAUGCAAGACUGGACUUGAGCUGGUAGGCUGUAGUGACACCAUGUUGACAGUACUAUUUUUAACAAGGUUGUUUGAGCAAAGCUGGUUUGUGGGUGGGGGGGUGCCUGUAUGUGCUGCAAUUGCAUUUCCCAAUCGCAGUGCAGUGAUACCCUUAAAUCAAUUUUAGGACUGCUUUGGGCAUGUGAGCUGUACAAAUCAGCCAUCCACCACCGGCCAGAGUCUGACUCUUGUUCAUUGUCCACAUGCAACUCAACUGUUCAAUUUGUAUUACAAAUGGUGCUGGGUACUGUUUAUUUUUUAGGUGAUGAAUUGUCGAUGUAGGUAUCAUUCCACAUAUAACAGAACUUCCUGAACUGUACCCUUUUAUUUUGGUUUCAGUUUGUACCAAUUCAAAACAUUAUGAGACUAUUUCUGACUAAAAGCAUUCUUUGUACACAAUGACACUAUGCAAUGUAAAUAUCUCAAAUGUAAAAAAUUGUAAGAGUGCUAGCUUCAUUCAUUUCUAUGUUGAUGAGAAAGGUGUACAUGUUUUUAAAAUGUGAACAAAGGUCUUUAUAAAAUGUGAUUUAUAGUGGAUUUUAAAAGUCCAUAUAUGCUGCAAGGAAACAGGCCUUCACCAUGUCAAUUUAUCCAAGUGGUCAGGAUCCAAAAGGCUGAAGCUGAAAACCUUGUUUGAAUUGUACAAAAAAAAAAGGAGUUAGAAAAUAUGGAAAUAAAAGACUACAUUAAUAUUCUGCCUGGAAUGUCUCUAUGGUUCCUGGUCACUAGCUUUCCUGAAUACCAUGGAAUGUUUCUUUUCCUGGG